UGAUAUUAUAGUAUACAAUAAUAUAAAAUAAAUAAAAAUGAACGCAAAAAUCGUAGUGUUGAUAAUGGCGGUACUAGUACCCGUUCUGUGCGUGCCGUUGGAUAUUUUACAAACCGAAACUACAGUCGAGAACAAUCCAAUACAUAAAUUGAUCAAGAGGUACAUCAAUCCAUCUUUGACAACAGGAGGUUUUUCUGGUGCUGACAUUGCAAAAAUUAGAGCCAAGAGAGGGUUCGAAGAAGAAUGUGAAAAGCUGAACCUCUGCUUACUUCACGCACGAUCCAAUAGAAGCUUCUUUGCAGCAUUCGAGUUAUACUUCGUAAAUAAAGAGAAUGCACGCCUAUGGGAUCAUCACGCAAGAUCACUCUCCGAGUGUCAUCAGCGUUACAGCUGUUACAGAUAAAAAAUAUUAUCAUAGAUUAGUACAAAUUGUUAUUUAAUUAAUAAUAGUUCACUGUUAGCGAAAUAAAUUAUUUUGCCAAAAUUGUAUUUAAGUAAAUUUUAAAAUUGUGAAAUGGCAAAACCAUCUAACAAAAUAAACAGCUCUUGCCUCCAAGUUAUAUUUACAAUUUAAGAAUAAUUCUCAAAUGAAUAACGAGGUGAUUGAUAUUAUGUCAUUUUCAUUAUUACUAAAAUGUAAUAGAAUGUAAAUAAUACGUUGUGUAGAUA